AUGUUGCGAUUGAUUACGUUGGCAAUAUUGCUGGCACUUUCCUGGGCAGCUGAAAGAAAGGAUUGGGGACCCUAUGUGACUCGGAACGCGUACAACUUUGUGGAGGUGCUGAACGCGACAAAUUUCGACGACUCGAUUUAUGGGAAUCUGAAGGCCAGUCUGGUUCAAUUCACCGACUCUUCAUACGCCUCUGCACGGAAGUAUGCGCCGGUCUUUAGAGAUCUAGCAAAACGGCUUUGGGAUUGGGAUAGUGUGCUCCAAUUCGUCACUGUCGACUGCUUCAAGGAAAUUAACGUGGCGCUAUGUAUACGGUUUCAAGUUAGAAGGGUGCCCACAUUGCGUUUCUUUGAGGCAUAUGCGAAUCGCCAAGAAAAUGUUGGUAAAGACAUUGGUCCGCUAGCGCCCGAUGAGGUGCGCGAAAAGUUAGCUGACUUGAUUGCCAAACAUAAAUAUCUACCAAUUGGUCAUUUUAAUUUGGAUCCCAUAUCGAAUGUAAUGCAGCUGCGAACUUUAUUGAGAUCUGGACAAACCACAAUACUGGUUUAUCAGCCACAGCAGUCGAAGUUAGGGCGUAACAUUAUGUUGGAGUUCCUUCGUUGGCCGGUACAAGUGCGCAUUGUCAGCGAUCCUCUGCUUGCGGCUAAAGUCGGAAUAGAUCCGGUAUAUUACAAAGUGGCUGUUAUUAGUCGCAAGGGUGAAGUAGUUAACCUAAACGAAAAUUCUAAGCGCCUAAAGGCCGCAUUACGAAAACUGAACGUCAAGUCAGAGGAAUAA